AUGGAGAGGGAGGUGCAAGUUGCAAGUGAAAAGAGUAGGCGAAGGAAGUGGAAAACGAUGAAGAAUCUCAAGAGAAAAUGGAGGAAAUCAGGUGGGGGUGAUUUGAUCGAAGACGAAGAUGACUUCUCUCUUCCCACAAGCGCCGAUUCCCGCCCCAUGGAAACCCACGGUCGGAGGCUCACUGAUUUCUCCAUUUUGAGUAGCCACCCAAAACAGGAGGAGUUGGUUCGAUCAUUGGAAAGGAUUCAAGCUCAACAAUCUCUUCUUUGGAGGAGCGUAUUUUCGGGGCUGCUCGUGGGAUACGUGGUGUUUCUCCUCUACUCAAUUUAUCACCAGGCCUAUUAUCCAUGGGAAUUGCGAUAUCAUGCAUACUUUCUAUAUGAACUUGACUCAAGGAGCAUCAUAACUGCAGAUUGGGUGGCUAUUUUGGCAUGCUUGAUUGCCAUUAGGGGUUUACUGCAUAACUCGCGGCAUCAAAGGAAGUGGCUCUGGUAUUCUUGUUGUCCUGGGGUACUAGUGAUGGUCUUCUGGUUACGUCACAUGCUGAGAUUGGCAAGUUUUAGAUGGGAUGUUUUGUGGCUUCCUUUAGGUCCACUGGGAGAGAUGAUGGUUGGCGCAAGGAACACGAUAAUGGGAGAUCUUCCCGUUCGGGAGGCAGGGUUCCUAAUUCCAAUGGAACGAGGUGUUCCAAUGGCAACAAGGGAUGGAUCAAUGCUACCUAAGUGA